CUUCUGUGCGUUGAAAACAUUUCAAUUGAUUCCAGCAGGUUCUUCUUCGGACGAGCACUUGCAUUCACUUGCUUUCAAAAGAACAUUUGGAAGCAUGCAUUUGAGGAGCGGCGGUGGUGAAGGUGUUGAAAUCUGUGUGCGCCAAAGGACCGGAUGGUAACGGGGGGGAGGCUAUGACCGAAGGAUAUGACCUAUUCAUCAUUAUAACAUUUGUGCGAAUUAAUAAUAUUUGUAUUCGAUAAAAUGGCGACCGUGGAUACGACCAGGUACGUUGAUUUGUGCAGACUGUGUGCAACCAAGACGAACAUGGUUAUGGGCUUGAGCAUCUUCGACAGUGAAGGCUCCGUCAGACAGAUCUACAAGAAGAUUGAAACCUGUCUUCCGGUCCAGAUACACGAGAAUGAUAAUUUGCCAAAGAUGAUCUGUGACCAUUGCUUAUAUAAGUUGGAGAUGCUCUUUGAUUUCCAUCAGAGGUCCUUGCGAACUGAGAGCAUCCUUGUGGAUUUGUUCAAGGAGCUCAGUCAGCAGGUGAAGAUGGAUGAUGUCUCUUUGGAGCACUCUAAUUUGGUGAUGGUGCAUCACCAAGGAUUACUUUCGGAACACGGAAUGCCGCACAUGAACGAGCUCAACGAACACGAGCUCGAAGUGCUCACAAAUCGCGAGCAUAUCAUCGCCGGACACGAGAUCAUCCAGAACGUCUCUCUAGAUAACAUCGAGUUAUCCAAUCACGAGUUAAACCAUGAGUUGUCCAAUCAUAGCGAGGGCAUGCUGCAAACUGCGAGAUAUCCGGACACCAUAGCCUACCAUCAUCAUCACAUCUUGCCUGAACAAUACAAUUUGAACGAUAUAACGUUGUCUGCGCCCAGUUUGGAGCAUUCCCCGGAGAUCAACACUUUGAAAGAGAUGAAAUCUGAUACGGAUUGCGGAUUACUCAUAGAGGAAAAGAGCUUGUUGCAUGUGGCCGAAGUGGACGAAGGCGAGUUAGAGAAUAACUCUAACGAGACUAAUUUUAGUUUCUAUUGCAAUUUGUGCGGAACACCGUUCGAGGAUAAGGAAGAUCUGGACAAGCAUUACCUCGAACAUUACCACAAGUGCAGCGUGUGCUUGGCUAGUUUUGCGGAGAAGGAGGAUUUGAUCGCGCACGAGAAAGACCAUCAAGUCGAUUUACUGGAUGAAAAAGCACCUAGCCCUGUUCCCAUCGAGGAGAAGCGGCCGUCCACCGACAAAGAGAUCAGCGAUUUCGAGAACAACCUGGAUGAAGAACCUAUCGAAGAGGAGGACUCUUCGGGUGGUACCGGCAAAAAAAAGAAAUGGACUCCUAAGGUGUGCAAGGAGUGCGGAAAAUCGUAUAAGACCAACUAUAAAUUGGCGGAACAUAUGAGAAAACAUACCGGGGAGCAACCGUUCAAAUGCCAGAGCUGUGAUAAGGCGUUUAGGUCGAAAAUCGGAUUGGCGCAACACGAGGCAAAGCACACAGGACAAUACGAUUACGCAUGUUUGACAUGCGGGAAGGGUUUCCAAUGCAAGAGUUAUCUAAUGGUCCAUCAAAGGGUGCACUCCGAUGAGAAGCCUUAUCCUUGCACGACGUGCGGUCGCAACUUCAAGACGAAACAAUCUCUUCUCGAUCACACCAAUCGUCAUUUGGGCGUCAAACCGUACACUUGUGAUAUCUGCGGAAGAAGUUUUAUAACUAAUGGUUUGCUAAAGUCGCAUCAAAAAAUACAUUCCGGUACGGACAAUCGGAAAUAUUUGUGCAAAGUUUGCGAUAAACGUUUCGUUUCCAAAAGCUAUCUGCAGACUCAUCUCCGAAUCCACACCGGAGAGAAACCUUUCAUGUGUGAGGUAUGUGGAAAAGGAUUUUUAACCCGCGUUGAUCUGAAGAUCCACUCGACAAUGCACACAGGAGAGAAGUCUUACGUCUGCGAGAUGUGCGGUAAAGCGUUCGCGCGUCGUGACGCCUUGCGAUGCCACAGGAGAUCUCACACGGGCGAAAGACCUUACAGUUGUGAUAUUUGUGGGCAAACAUUUACUCAGUUUUCCCCUAUGGCGAUACACCGGCGGUUGCACACGGGCGAAAGACCGUACGAGUGCGAGACCUGCGGCAAGAAGUUCGUGUCCAGAUCGACGAUGGUCGUGCACUCCAAGAAGCACACCAGGUGAAAUAUGAUGCAGACGCCGUUCAUUAUCAUUACUUUCGAGUACUUCUUGAUAUACACCCUUCAGUUUUGCCAAAGCAAUUCGAUUUCUUUAUUGUUCAUAUAUAUAUUAUUUUUUUUGUAUUAUGCGUUAAUUAAUUAUCUGAUUAAUU